AUGCUCUGGGUACAAGUGUUAUUGCUGGUGCUAUAUGCUCCUAUCGGCUUGGGACAGUCUAUUGAUGGGAUCUAUGAUCUGGUCCGUCGAAGAAUACCCAGACAUGCCGACAGCUUCCGGUUUUCCUUGGUCGACUUCAACUCGACCGGUAACGAUCAGUUCGUGGUGUCAUCAACGGACAAUGACACAAUCUUGGUUGAGGGGAGUACACUCAGCGCUUUAUCCUAUGGUCUGCACCGCUACCUCGCGGAUAUCGCGCAUGUUGACAUCUACUGGUACAUCGGGAGUCAGCUACAUCUGGCACCGACACCACUUCCUCAUCUGUCCCAGCCACUGACUGGCUCAAGUACGGUUGAAAAACGAUACCACUUUAACACAGUGACCUUCUCCUACACAACGGCAUUCUGGUCAUGGGAAGACUGGGAGCUCCAGCUAGACUGGAUGGCCCUACGCGGAAUCAAUCUGCCGCUUGCCUGGGUAGGUCAGGAGAAGAUACUCGUCGAAGUCUUCCGCGAGACUGGUAUGACAGACGCAGAGAUCUCAAGCUUCCUGAGCGGUCCCGCAUUCCAGGCCUGGAAUCGAUUCGGAAAUAUUCAAGGCUCCUGGCAUGGGGAGCUUCCGUAUUCCUGGAUUGAUGCUCAGUUCGAGCUCCAGAAGAAGAUUGUCCGCCGUAUGGUCGAGUUGGGUAUGACGCCAGUUCUUCCUGCUUUUACAGGGUUCGUGCCCCGGGCGAUUACUCGAGUCCUUCCGGAUGCUACUGUGGUGAACGGCUCUCGAUGGAGCGGCUUUGAUGAGAAAUACACCAACGACACCUUCCUGGAGCCAUUUGAUCCGAACUUCGCUCGUCUCCAGCGCAGUUUCAUUCAUAAGCAGCAACAGGCGUACGGCAACAUCACGCACAUCUACACGCUGGACCAGUACAACGAGAACGACCCGUACUCGGGCGAUCCUGAGUAUCUGCGCAAUGUCACCCACAACACCUGGCAGAGUCUUAAGAGCGCAGAUCCCGAUGCCAUCUGGAUGAUGCAGGGCUGGCUAUUCUACUCCAACUCGGAUUUCUGGACAGACGAGCGCGUCCAUGCAUACCUGUCUGGCGUCGAAACUGACGAGGAUAUGCUAGUAUUGGAUCUUUUCUCUGAGUCGCAGCCGCAAUGGCAGCGUACGCAAUCUUACUACGGCAAGCCGUGGAUCUGGUGCCAACUGCACGACUACGGCGGUAACAUGGGACUGUAUGGCCAGGUGAUGAACAUCACGGUGAAUGCCACUGAUGCCCUGGCUGUUUCGGACUCCCUUGUCGGAUACGGGCUCACAAUGGAAGGGCAAGAGGGAAAUGAAAUCGUGUAUGACUUACUCCUCGACCAGGCCUGGUCUUCUCGUCCGAUCGAUACAGACAGCUACUUCCACGACUGGGUCAAGGCGCGGUACUCGACCGCGCGAAGACACAACGUCCCUCAUGAACUCUAUCAAGCAUGGGAUAUCCUGCGGACGACGGCCUACAACAACACGAACUUGGCAACAGCGACGGCGGUCUCCAAGUCAAUCUUCGAGCUACAGCCCAAGCUGACAGGCCUGGUAAACCAAACCGGUCACCACCCUACCGUCGUCAAUUACGAAGCAUCCUCUCUUGUUCGCUCAUGGAAAUUGAUGGUCUCCGCCGCAUCAGAAAGCACCGCUCUGUGGUCCCACCCGGCUUUCCGCUACGAUAUGGUUGACGUCACCCGCCAGGUGAUGGCCAACGCAUUCAUUCCAAUGUAUCUCAACGUGACUUCUACGUACCAGAAGGGCGGUCCUAUCUCUCAACAAGGAGAUAGUCUCAUCCGACUGCUGCGCGAUCUGGACGCCGUCCUCUCCACCAACGACAAUUUCCGCCUCGCCACCUGGAUUGAAUCUGCGCGGACUUGGGCGAGAAACGACACAGAGGCUGACUUCUACGAGUAUAACGCCCGAAACCAGAUCACUCUCUGGGGACCAAAGGGGAGAUCAACGGCUACGCCUCCAAGCAGUGGGGUGGCUUGA